UUCAUUACGUGUUUUUGUGUUAUCGGAAUCACACCUCGCAUUCGGGAAAUAAUUAUAUUUUGAAUAAUUAUGGGAAAACGAAAGCGUUCUAGAUCUAGGGAUAGUGAUUAUGAUAGUAUAUUACGGAAAAUCAAGAAGUUGGAGUCGAAAUUACGAAAAAGACGGCGCCUAUCAUCAUCGGCAUCGGUGGAAGGAGAAAGUGAUUCUUCGUACUAUAAGAGAUACGACACACAGGAAUAUGAAAAUCAUAGUUUAUUACAAGCGGAAAAUUACGCAGAUGAUAACGCUGACAUCUACGGCGACUACCAACCCGAGUCAACAGAGCCACUUGCCGGACCAUCUACGUCGAUACCUGCGCCAACGACAGAACCCGAAUCUGUGACACACACAGUACCUGCGUCUACGCAAGCGGACCCGUCGAGUGUCAACGCAAAUGACGCUCCGGCAACAUCUAUUUUGGAUGAAAAUACACCUUCAUUAGACCCAGAGAUUCUUCAACUGCUUGGCGAGGACCCCACCUGCCAGAAAAAUCAUGGAGAGAAUCUACAUAAGGAUAUCGCACCUAGAUGGGCACAUAUAUUAGCUAACGGGCUUUCUAAAGAGAUUCAAUUAGAUCUAAUAAAAUGUUACUUACCACCAGAAAACUGCCCAAAUAUGAGAGCCCCAAAACUCAAUUUGGAAAUCAAAGCAGCUCUGUUGGAAACGAACAUUAAAAAAGAUUUAUACAGCCAAAGCAAGCAAAAUCAACUUGCUAGUAGUCUCUCUGCUAUAGGAAGAGUUUUGAAUUGGGCCCUGGCAUCAAAUAGUACUGUUCCUCAAGAUAUAAUAAAGGCAUUGAGUGACGCCGGCAGACUCAUAUGCGACAGCCACUAUAAAGAAUCCCAAUCCAGGCGUUAUGCGGCACUGAGCACUCUUAAUAAGGACAUAAGAGAUACUGUCAAAAAUACAACUAUUGACGAACAUCUUUUUGGUUCCGCAUUAUCAGAUCACAUUAAGUCUUCGAAGGCAAUAAGCAAGACGGGGUCGGAAAUCAAACAAAAGAUUCAACGUCCUACGUAUAGGGCCCCGACAACAACAACACAGCCUCGGGGCGCUUUAAACUCGAGGGGGGCGCCGCCGCGCGUAGCAGCAGCGGUCGAGCCGCGGACGACCCCUGCACCGCGCCGACCGCCGAGGGAUCGCCGCCUGGAAGCGCCGCGAGGCCGCCGCUCCACCAACCACGCGCGGCAGCAGACGAGGAGACGAUAGGAGAAAGUCCUCAGGUAUGCGUUGCUGGUCGAUUGACUCACUUUUAUGACAGAUGGUGUGAGCUCACUAAUGAUCGUACAAUUUUAAAUUGGGUUC